AUGAAAGAACUCCAAGAAUUGCAAUCCAACGACAUUGCCCAUGCCUUGUUCAACGACUUUGACAACGUGACAGCCGCCGUCGAUAGCAUCCCGUUAUGGAAUAUGCAAAGGGUUGUGAUCUGGAUAGGCGGAGGCUACUACUUUAAGAUCACCAUUAAUAGGACCAAGAAUUUCGUGACCUUUUUUGGAGACCCUCUUGAUAUGCCAAAGAUAGAGUUUAAUGGGACGGCGGUGGAGUUUGUUACGUUAAAUAGUGCGACGGUGGUAGUGGACAGUGAUUACUUCGUGGCUGUUAACAUUGCUUUUAUGAAUUCAGCUCCGAUGUCGGACGGCCAGAAAGUGUUGGUGCAAGCGGUGGCUAUAAGAAUAUCGGGAAACAAAGAGCCUUCUAUAACUGCAAGUUCAAUAGGGUUCCAAGAUACAUUGUAUGACGAUAGAGGCAUGUAUUUCUUCAAAGACUACUAUAUUGAAGGCACUAUUGAUUUCAUCUUCGGAAAUGGCAAAUCUCUUUAUCUGCACAAGCAAGAGAAAAGGUUGAAGAUAACAGUGGAUUUACAUUCCUUUACUACAACAUUACUGGUUCGGGCAACGCCACAACGUACCUCAGUCGUGCAUGGAAGCAAAGGCCGAGAGUCAUCUUUGCUUUCAUUUACAUGGGCAACAUCGACCGUGUACUAUGGCGAAUACAAGUGCAUGGGGUCGGGGGCUAGCUCAACUGGUCGAAUUGGAUUUGCGAGAAUUUUGAGCGAGUUUGAAGCUAGACCUUUUCUGAGCUUAACGUAUAUUAACGGCAGCAAUUGGCUUCUACCACCUCCAUCAAUGUGA